UCUGUGUGACAUUUCCGUUUAAGCUGACUUUCCUGUUACAGGCACGGUUUAAUGGAAACAAAGUGAUCUGACCAGAAUGAGAGCACUCCUGUUUUUUUCCUUUGUCCUCUGUGUCUCUUCCAGCGCUCUAUAUGAGGAUUUCUGGUUCCUCGGCUGUUCAGAUUCAGAUACAGGGUUUGUGUAUGGGACGGAAGCAGGGGAUAUCUGGUACGCAGACUACAUCAACCAAAGAGGAGUUGAUGCUCUGCCUGACUUUGCAAAUCAUCCUGCCUUUAAAGGGUUUUAUGAUUCAGCGUUAGCCCAUCAGAAGAUCUGCAGAGAUAACUUAAGGAUAAGACAAAAAGCAAUGAAGGAAGUCCCAAUGAAGGAAGAACCUCCCUCCAACCUAAUCAUCUUCAGCAGGGAUGAGGUGGAGCUGGGAGAGAAGAACACUCUGAUCAGUCAUGUUUCUGGGUUCUAUCCUGCCCCCGUCAAAGUUUAUUGGACCAAAAAUGGAAAGAAUGUGACAGACGGAACCAGCAUCAAUGUUCCUGUCCCCAGCAAAGACGGUUCCUUUAAUCAAAUCUUCAGACUGGAGUUCAUACCUGAGGCAGGAGACAUCUACAGCUGCACGGUGCAACAUCUGGCUCUGGAGGAGCCCCUGACAAGAAUCUGGGAGGUUGAAAAGACCGAGCCCGGUAUUGGACCAUCAGUGUUCUGUGGAGUCGGCCUGACUCUGGCCGUCCUCGGUGUGGCUGUGGGAACCUUUUAUCUCAUCAAAGGUAUUGAGUGCAGCUGCAGUCAAAAUAAAUAAAAGGUUUUCAUCAACUUAUAAAAGAUAAGUUGAUGAAAACCUGCAACAACCAAACCAAGAGGACUAUUUUGAAGUCGAAGACCAAAGUUGGAUUUCUAAAAUUUUCCAUUCAAGCUGUUGUUGUUUUUAAUUACCUGGCUUUAUUCUUCUGUUUUUAAUUGUGAUUUAUUUUGUAAAGGCAUUUUAAAUAAA